AUGUCAAGUGGUGUAUUUGUAAUUGUUUGUGUAAUUGUUUCUCUUUUGACAACUGUUCAACUGUUCAGCGACGAUGCCGACUUCGGACCAAACAUAGAUUUUUCUGAGCUGGCAAAGGAAGCUGAAACUAAUAAGAACGACAUACUGGGGUUUUUAGAUCAAGACAAAACUCGUGAAAAGUACAAGGAAUUGUAUAGAACAUUGCUGAACAACUUAAUGAGUAGAAAUAGAAAAGCAUCGACAAGGAGGAUUGUGUCUGGCCGGAACACAUCGAUUGCUGCCGUGCCCUGGCAGGUGUCGCUGCGGGAGAGGACCUAUCCAAUAUGUGGCGGUUCCAUCAUCACCGACGUCUGGUUGGUCACAGCAGCCCACUGCUUAAUCAAGUCGCGGGCGAACGAGCUGAGCGUGCGGCUGGGCACCUCGUGGAAGACGCACGGCGGCGAAAUGUACGACGUGAUGGAGAGCCACGUCCACCCGCGGUAUGCGGGCAAGGCGAAGAGCAACGACGUGGGGCUGGUGAGGCUGUACGCGCCGCUGCGGUUCUCCGCGGCGGUGAUGCCGAUAGCGGUCAUCUCGAAGGCGGCGAGACUGCCCGCUAACAAGCCGGCCAUCGUCUCCGGGUGGGGCAAGCUGCGGGAGGGUGGCCCCAGCGCGUCAUAUCUACAGUCGUCGACCAUAUUAACAAUCGCCAUGAAGCUCUGUCGAAGAUCGGGGCUUGACAAAAGGUCUAUUGAUCCAGCUUCUAUGUUCUGCGCUGGCUCUUUCAGCCAACCAUCGCCAGAUGCAUGCCAGGGUGACAGUGGGGGCCCGAUUGUGCAAGACGGCGUCCUAAUAGGGGUGGUGUCGUGGGGCCUAGGCUGCGCCCGGGGCAACUUCCCCGGCGUGUACACACGCCUCUCCAACCCCGCCAUAUGGGACUGGCUGCACAAACAAGUCAAAAACACAUCGCACUACAGGACC